UCUAUUUGCAACUCGUGAGAUAGGUUCCUAGAAAUGUGCGUUGCCAAGCCGGAUGCGUGGAAGAAGUCCUACAGAGAUAAAGCGCCGAGGAUUGUCAACAUUCUGCUGUUUCUAAUCAUUGUCGCCUUGCUGGUCAUGACGUAUUCGGAGCCCCAGCUGCAUGUGGGCUUGGGACGGCCGCCCCUGGAGUCCACGCCGAGGGCCAAAGAGAUGGGCAUGAUGGUCAACACCUCCAAUUGCCGGAUUGACGCCAUCGACUACCUGUCGCCCGUCGCCCGCCAGUUCAUGGUGCCAAUGCCCAUAUGCAGGUGCUACAAGCUCCCGGUCCUGAAGGCCAAGAGCGUCCGAGGCCGCAACUACUUGACCCUGACCCUCAACAGCACGCAACUCUGGCAGAAACUGGGGAUCCGCAGGAUGAGCAGACUCGUCUGCGCCUACAUUAUUUUCGAGCGCGUCGACGACUUCAGCAACCGGAACGUGGCCAGAGGCGUCUUCGGCUUUAGCCGGAGGCGGAUGAACGCGGAGGUCGAGGCGGGCAACGUCACUUUGCGGGCCAUGUGCUGGGUGGACUUCAGCCGCCUGGUCUUCCACGACGUGUACAUCUUCCUCUCCCCGGCGGCGAAGGCAGAGGUGCCCCAGAAGGAGAAUCAGAAGCCGGCCAACCACUUGUCGGUCAUGAUCCUGGGCAUAGACUCGAUCUCCCACAUGCACUACAAACGAUACUUCAGCAACGUGAUGGACUUUGUGGACCAGCUGCCGCACGUGGAGCUCUGGGGCUACCACCGAAUCGGCCGCAACUCCUACCCGAACCUGGUGCCCCUUCUGAGUGGCCAGAGCGCCGACGAACUGGAGUCCGCGAAGGGCUGCUACGGGAUGGGCAAGUCCAACUUCGAUGGGUGCAACCUGCUGUGGAAUGAGUUCAAGAGAGCCGGCUUCGCCACAAUGUUCGGCGAGGACACCCGCAUCGGAGGCACCUUUACGUACGGAAAGCGGGGAUUCAGCCGGCAGCCCACCGACUACUACUACCGCAGCGUCAUGGUCGAGGUCCACCAGCACACCCGAUACCUGGCCAGGGGGCCGAAGGAACUCUCAUGCAGCGGCAACCGCGUCUACCACCACGUCCUGUACGAUUUCAUAUACCUCCUGAUGCCGCACUUCAAGCAGCGCUGCCUGGACACCGGCUUCUUUGCCUUUUUCUGGCAAACCCAGGGCGUGCACGACUACUUCCCGUACGCCCUGCAGACCGACAUCCAGUAUGACGCCAUUCUGCGCGUUCUGCACCGAUUCCGAGUCCUCGAGAACACCCUCGUCCUGCUGCUGUCCGACCACGGGCUGAGGUACGGCUCCUUCGCGAAAUCCCUGCAAGGGAUGCGGGAGAUGUCACUGCCCACCAUGGUGGCGGUCUACCCUAGCUGGCUGGAGCGCCGGUUCCCGCUGGCGGUGGCCAACCUACAGGCCAAUGCCCACCGGCUGGUGACCACCUUCGACCUGCACGAGACCAUCCAGGACGUGAUUAACCUGGAGAACCUGAGUGACGAGCGGAUUCGCAACCGAACGCGGGCUCUGCGCGACGAUCGCAAUGUCUCGCUCUUCCUGCCCAUUCCCGAGGAGCGGAGCUGCAAGUCCGCCAACAUCCCCUACCACUACUGCCAGUGCCAGGAGCUUAUGCAGAUUCCGUGGAACACCAGCAGCGUGCGCCGCGUGGCCCAGGUCGCCGUGGACAAAAUAAACGAGUUGCUGCGCCCCUACCCGCAGUGCCACAAGCUGAAGCUGUUGAGAGUGAACCAGGCCUACCUGCGGGACCUCAACCAAACGAUCACUGUCCGGCUGGAGACGGUUCCGGGACGCGGCAAGUUCGAUGCCACCGUGCUCGUUACCAAUUACAGUUCGCUUCAAGGACCCGUCACGCGAACCGACCAGUACAAGAAGCAGUCCUUUUGUGCCGAGGAAACCCCUGUUGAAAUGUAUUGCUAUUGCUUCAAAGUAUAGGCUACAAACCACGGUUUUAAUGAUUUAGGAAAAUUCCCAUUUUAAGAAUGAAACAAUAAUAAGAAGGAUAGCAUAUACUUUUUAUUCCACUUGCGCAAAAAUAUAAUAAACUAACA